UGUGUCCCUCGUGAGUUUGGCUCCAACUUGUUCUUCUCUCCUUCUUUUUUUGUUUGUUUUUCUUCCGGCAGCAGGCCGCCUCGGUGCGCAGCGCGUAUUGGAGCAGCCAGCAGGAUGAGCACGCACGAUGAGCCCCGCGUCGAGCCGGGGGAGCAGGGCGAGAGCACUGAGGCCGCUGUGGAGCUGAGGCGAUCCGGGCUGCUCGGCUCCGUGCUGCGGGGGCUUUUCUGGCCCUUUGGCAUCGUGGUCCGCGCAUAUCAUGGUUUUUGGUGGGUGCUGGGGUUUAGGCACCCCAAGGCAGGCCACCCAAGUUGCGUCUGCUACCUCCCCUCCCACACGCCAGAGCCGCACCAGUCGCAAGCGCCGGCAUCCGGUCGCCCGCCUGCUGCUCCGCAUCUUGCCCCGCUGGGUGCAGGCAGCACUGGGCUACCGUCUGUCUACUGCCAUAGGCUGCUCCCUCUCACCCGAGAUGAGAGUCUCGCCCAUCAAACCUUGUGGGAAGGGCAGCAAGAGGAAGCAGGACGACUUGGAGGAUGACGAGGAUGACGACGACGAGCACCAGACCUGGGUGGAGGCGCUCACGCAGGAGCUGGUUGACGAUGACUGUCCCGAGAAGGAUCCUGACUACGAGCCCAGUUCUGUCGAGACGGAGAGUGAAGAGUUCCGCUCUCACAACAACACUGAGAGCGACAUCGAGGUCCACGACAAAGGCGUGAUCAUUAUUGACGUGGAGACGGGUCUUCAGCUGUCCUCGUCUUAAGCGCCUCGUCCUGAUCUUUAAUUCGUUUUGUAUAUUAAUGAAAUUUUCUAAGUCACAAUAAAAGUUAUUGGCUCUGCUU